CCCGCAUUGCCGCCCCGUUCUACGGCGCCGCCCGCGAACUACAGCCGGCGGCGGGCCGGCUCUGCCCGCGAGGAUGGCGGCUCCCUUGGUGCUGGUGGUCCUGGCGGCCGUGACGGUGCGGGCCGCGCUGUAUCGCUCCAGCUUCGCCGCCUUCAUCGCCGAGCGGGUCGAGGUGGCGUCGCCGCUGAACGCCUGGAAGCGAGUGGUUGAAGGAUUAGCUCUGCUGGAUUUAGGGGUCUCACCGUAUUCUGGAGCUAUUUUUCAUGAGACCCCAUUGAUAAUAUAUCUCUUCCACUUCCUGAUUGAAUAUGCUGAAUUGGUCUUCAUGAUAACGGAUGUACUAACAGCUGUUGCCCUUUACUUGGCCAUCCAGGACUACAACAAAGUUGUGUUCAAAAAGCAAAAGCUUCUGAUAGAGCUGGAUAAAUAUGCACCAGAUGUGGCUGAGCUCAUCCGGACGCCCAUGGAAAUGCACUACAUCCCCCUCAAGGUAGCACUGGUCUAUCUGUUAAACCCCUACACUGUGAUGUCUUGUGUGGCAAAGUCCACCUGUGCCAUCAGCAAUACUGUCAUUGCAUUCUUCAUUUUGGCUACAAUAAGAGGUAGUGCCUUCCUCAGUGCUGUGUUCUUGGCCCUAGCGACAUACCAGUCACUCUACCCCAUCACGUUGUUUGCUCCAGCACUCCUAUACCUUCUGCAGCGUCAGUUCAUACCAAUAAAACCGAAAAGUAAAAGCUUCUGGCUCUUCACCAUGCAGUAUGCAGCCUUGUACCUGUGCAGCCUGGUGGUGAUCAUCUGCCUCUCUUUCUUCCUUCUCAACUCGUGGGAUUUUAUUCCAUCUGUUUAUGGGUUUAUCCUUUCUGUUCCAGAUCUGACACCCAAUAUUGGCCUUUUCUGGUACUUCUUUGCAGAGAUGUUUGAACACUUUAGUCUUUUCUUUGUAUGUGUGUUUCAAAUCAACGUGUUCUUCUACACCAUUCCCUUGGCAGUAAAGCUAAAGGAACACCCCGUGUUCUUCAUGUUUGUCCAGCUUGCAAUCAUUUCUAUCUUCAAGUCCUAUCCCACAGUCGGAGAUGUUGCACUGUAUAUGGCCUUCCUCCCAGUCUGGAGCCACCUUUACAGGUUCCUUCGGAACAUCUUCAUCCUAUCAUGUAUGCUCAUCGCCUGCUCCCUCCUGUUCCCCGUUUUGUGGCAUCUCUGGAUUUUUGCAGGAAGUGCCAAUUCCAAUUUUUAUUACGCCAUCACAUUGACUUUCAACAUAGGGCAGAUCCUGCUCAUCUCGGAUUACUUCUAUGCCUUCCUCCGGCGGGAGUACUACCUCACUCAUGGACUCCAUCUGACAAGGCAAGAUGGGACAGAGGCCAUGCUUGUUUUGAAAUAAGGGCUGAAUCCACUGUUUUUUGGGCCAUGGACUACUUUAAGGAACAUGUGAAGCUCGGUGUUUAUGGGGUGGGUGGGGAAGGUUUCCUGGAUGAGGUCUGGCUUUGGGGAUGAUAACUACUGAAAGAAUGGGCUGAGGUUCUUCUGGGAGUACCCUCUGCAGCAGUGGACACAGUGCAGGCUGAGUGCUGCAAGAGCUGAAGUAGAACCUGCACUGGAGAAUCUCCCUUCAGCUGUGCUUUUCACUGAGACCUCAGCCAUCAACUCUGGGCAGUCCAGCAGGAACUGGAGCAAGCAUUUGUGGUAAAAACAGGGCUCAAUCUCUGGACCAGAAACUGCUCAGACCAUUAACUGUUUACUUUACGUCACUGCUUCUUGAAAAUAUUUGCUUCUCCUGGAAAUUUCCCUGUCACAGCUUUUACUGGUAAUGCUCCUGUUUGACAUGAGAACAUCUGGGUGCGUGUGUCAAAGGCCUGCCUGUUGUUGUGGGUUCUGGAAAAACCGUGUGCUCAGGCACAGGGGCAGGUUUUGAAGCAAGUAGGUGAGCAAGGGUGGAUGAACUGUUGGAAAGAGGGGCUGCUGCUGUGGGAACUCUUGGCACUCACACCACUACUGAGAACUGGAACUAGAGGAAAGCAGGAGCACAGGGGGUAGUGUGUAAGUGUUCUAUCCCUUUAUGAAUAGAUGCUCCCUUGUGAGGAGCUGCAGAGAAUCACAACAGGAUCUCAGAGGAAGAAACACUACUGUGCAGAUAGUCUCCUACUACUACAGUGUGGGUAGUGGUUAACUGCUCCAUCCUGUUGAAUGGCUGCUUCCUUGUGAGGAGCUGCACAGAAACAUGGCAGGGUCUAGAAGAAGAAACGCUGCUGUGCGGGUAGCCUCCUACUGCUCCUUAUUUCUGUGUGUUAACAAAGCUUGGCAAUGCAGGGCUUGCACUACACUGUUGUGAUAGCUUGGGGCAGCAGCACAGACGUGAAACGAGCAAGCUGCCUGCCUGGGCUGGGGACCAGGAGGUGUCAGAAUCUCCCCACAGACCAAAUUCAGAAGGUGCCUUGGACUCCACUGUUAUGGAGUUGUUGGGCUCCAGGUGUUUCACAGCAGCUUAACGAUACAGGAUAGUCACUCUGCAGUGUUAUAGUCUUGCACAUACAGCGAUGGCAUCUUGUUGCUGUGUGUGGAAGGCUCUGUAACAUGCUGUCCUUCAGCUCCCCUGCUGCUUUCCCUGUGUUCAGGCCUUUUCUCCAGAGCUUCUGCUGCUGCUGACCCCAUGAAUGUGACCCACCGAGGGAAUUCCCAGGGCUCUGCGGGUUGCAUGAGGCACUGGGAGUCAUUAACCAUAGUGUUGAAAGCCUUCUGCAGUGCUGGGGCUGGGAGCGGCUGCUGCUCCUCACUCAUCCCAAGAAAAAAGUGGAAGGGCUGGUGGUUUGUCAGCAUGGAAACAGAACUGUCUGGCCCGGUGAGCAAUGGAGAGACCGACAUGCCCAGGUCCUCCCCAGGCGGUUUUAUGAACAAAUCUUGUGGUUUUUUUUUUAACAGUUAAAAAUUUUGCCUUACUGCACUGCUAUUAGCGCUUUUGCCGGGGGUGUUACUGUGAGUCCAGCUCAGCCCACCCCAUGCUGCAGCCCUGGGCCAGAGGUCACGAAGGCAGGGCUGCUCUGGGCUGCCCCAUGUGGCAUGGCAAAGAGCACAAUAAACUGUGCAAGUUUUAAGA